AUGCCUUCGUCCUUCCAACUACCGCAUACGCUAGGCCGCCGUGCCUCUGGCGAGUCCGAAUCGUCAUCGCUCUUGCCGCUCUGGAUCAUUCUCGGAGUGGGUGUCGCGCUCGCCAUUGGAUGGUUCGCUCUCUCCUCAUGCCUCGGUGAUAACGCUCGUGAGGCGCUGGGCGAGCGCAUCCGCCGUCUUUUCUCUCGCACUCGCGGCAGCGGCAGCGGUGGGGCAGGAGCAGGCUCUGGAGGUGCUGGUGGCAGCCGCAGUGCCUACGGAAGGAUGCGCGACGACGAAGCCGAAGCGUUCGACAUCAAUGCAGCUGAGCACGACCUCUACGACGAUUACGAUGCUCCGCAGCAGCCGUACGAUCGCUACUCUUCCUAUCCUCCCGUAGCAGGCGGCAGCAGCAGCAGCAAGAACAACUCCGGCGCUGCCACGUUCAAGUACGAUGAUGUCGAAGAUGACAUCUACGAACACCGCCGUCCGUAA